CCCAGUGCGGAACAAGUCUUCCAAAUUUCCCAAAUCUCCCUGGGCCGGGGGCCACCCUCUUCCUCCUCAUCUUCCUCCUCUGGGUCGUAUCCCGGUCCACCCCGCGCGCCAGCCUGGUCUGCGGGGGACUCCAGGGAGAGACUGCCCCAGCCAUCAUGGAGGUGGCGGAGGUGGAGAGUCCUUUGAACCCCAGCUGUAAGAUCAUGACCUUCAGACCCUCCAUGGAGGAGUUCCGGGAAUUCAACAAAUACCUCGCAUACAUGGAGUCUAAAGGAGCCCAUCGAGCAGGUCUUGCAAAGGUGAUUCCUCCUCGGGAAUGGAAGCCACGGCAGUGCUAUGAUGACAUUGAUAAUUUGCUUAUUCCAGCACCGAUUCAGCAGAUGGUCACUGGGCAGUCAGGACUCUUCACUCAAUACAACAUCCAGAAAAAAGCCAUGACAGUGAAGGAGUUCAGGCAGCUGGCUAACAGUGGCAAGUACUGUACUCCAAGAUACUUGGAUUAUGAAGAUUUGGAGCGCAAGUACUGGAAGAACUUAACUUUUGUGGCACCUAUCUACGGCGCAGACAUUAAUGGGAGCAUAUAUGAUGAGGGUGUGGAUGAAUGGAACAUAGCUCGCCUAAAUACAGUCUUGGAUGUGGUUGAGGAAGAGUGCGGUAUUUCUAUAGAGGGUGUAAAUACCCCUUAUCUCUAUUUUGGCAUGUGGAAAACCACAUUCGCGUGGCACACCGAGGAUAUGGACCUCUACAGCAUUAAUUAUCUCCACUUUGGAGAGCCCAAGUCUUGGUAUGCAAUACCCCCGGAACAUGGAAAACGACUUGAAAGACUAGCUCAAGGUUUUUUCCCAAGCAGUUCUCAAGGGUGUGAUGCAUUUCUUCGCCACAAGAUGACACUGAUAUCUCCGUCUGUAUUGAAGAAAUAUGGUAUUCCCUUUGAUAAGAUCACUCAGGAGGCUGGAGAAUUUAUGAUCACUUUUCCAUAUGGCUACCAUGCUGGGUUUAAUCAUGGUUUCAACUGUGCAGAAUCUACAAAUUUUGCUACAGUUCGAUGGAUUGACUAUGGGAAAGUUGCUAAAUUGUGCACCUGCAGGAAAGACAUGGUGAAAAUCUCAAUGGAUAUCUUUGUGAGGAAAUUUCAGCCAGACAGAUACCAGCUUUGGAAGCAAGGAAAGGAUAUAUACACCAUUGAUCACACAAAGCCUACUCCAGAAUCCACACCUGAAGUAAAAGCAUGGCUUCAGAGGAGGAGGAAAGUAAGAAAAGCAUCUAGGAGUUUCCAGUGCAGUGGUUCUCACUCUAAGAGGCUUAAGAAUGAGGGAAAUGAAGAAGUGUCACCUGCAGUUGAUGCGGCAGAGGGCCUUACCCCUGACCCAGACCCAGAAGGUCUCAAGGUCAAUGGAAAACCAGAAAAAGCAGUGAAGAUGGGGAACACAGAACUACCUUCAGAGGAAGAGGCUUCUCCUAGCAGAAAGCAGCUAGAUCAGAAUUCAUCAGAUAAUGUCAAACUCCCAGGAAACAGUUGCUUAAGCACAUCUGUAACAGAGGAAAUAAAAACUAAGGAUGACCAAGCCUAUGGUGUAAUUCUACCUUCAAAUCCCAGUGAAGCUGAUGAUUCUAUAUCUAGUGGCAAUCUGACAUCUAAGGAAUCAGACUCACCCAAGCUUCCAUGGCCAAAGUCACCUGAGUCGUGUUCUUCAGUGGCAGAGAGUAACAGUGUGUUGACAGAGGGAGAAGAGAGUGAUGUGGAGAGCCAUAGGAAUGGCCUUGAACCUGGGGAAGUCCUAGCCGUCUCCAGUGGCCUCAAAGUCCCUGGUAGAAUAGAGGGAGAAACCAAAACUGCUAAAAGUUGGCGCCAUCCACUGAGUAAGCCUCCAGCAAGAUCCCCACUGACUCUGGUGAAGCAGCAGGCAACAAGUGAUGAAGAAUUGCCUGAGGUUCCAUCAGUUGAGGAGGAAGUGGAAGAAACAGAGUCUUGGGCGAAGCCUUUGGUCCACCUUUGGCAGACAAAGUCCCCAAACUUUGUGGCUGAACAGGAGUAUAAUGCAGCCAUGGCCAAAAUGGAGCCACACUGUGCCAUCUGUGCUCUCCUCAUGCCCUACUACAAGCCAGAUAGCAGCAAUGAAGAAAAUGAUUCUAGAUGGGAGACAAAAUUAGAUGAAGUGGUUACUCCAGGAGGAAAGUCUAAGCCCCUCAUUCCAGAGAUGUGUUUUAUUUAUAGUGAAGAAAGUAUAGAAUAUUCUCCACCUAAUGCCUUUCUGGAAGAGGAUGGAACAAGUCUUCUGAUUUCCUGUGCAAAGUGCUGUGUACGGGUUCAUGCAAGUUGCUAUGGUAUCCCUUCUCACGAGAUCUGUAAUGGAUGGCUAUGUGCCCGUUGCAAAAGAAAUGCAUGGACAGCAGAGUGUUGUCUUUGCAAUUUGAGAGGGGGUGCUCUUAAAGAAACAAAGAACAACAAGUGGGCCCAUGUCAUGUGUGCUGUUGCGGUCCCAGAAGUUCGAUUCACUAAUGUCCCAGAGAGGACACAGAUAGAUGUAGGCAGAAUCCCUUUACAGAGAUUAAAAUUGAAAUGCAUCUUCUGCAGACACCGGGUUAAGAAGGUCUCUGGAGCCUGUAUCCAAUGUUCCUAUGGCCGCUGCCCAGCCUCCUUCCAUGUUACAUGUGCUCAUGCUGCUGGGGUGCUAAUGGAGCCUGAUGACUGGCCAUACGUGGUGAACAUCACAUGCUUCCGACAUAAGGUCAACCCAAAUGUGAUGAACAAACUGAGGCUGAUAAAGGUUCAAGAUCACAAGAUCACACAGCUAAAGUCCAAGGCUGGUGAGAAGGGUAUCUCUGUGGGGCAGACAGUCAUCACAAAGCAUCGGAACACCCGCUAUUAUAGUUGCAGGGUGAUUGCUGUGACAUCGCAGACCUUCUAUGAGGUCGUGUUUGAUGAUGGCUCCUUCAGCAGAGACACAUUCCCUGAGGAUAUAGUGUGUCUGCAGGAAAAACAGGAUGAAGAUGCAGUCAGUGCAGAAUGGUGUUGGCUGUACCUCCAUGGUGGCAAGAACUUGAUGUGUAGAGACAGCUAUGCAAGCCUGGGCAAGGGAGUUGACACCAGUUACGUUAACCCUAACAUGGAGAGCCGAGACUGUGUGAAGCUGGGCCCUCCUGCUGAGGGAGAAGUUGUCCAAGUCAAGUGGCCUGAUGGCAAACUCUAUGGGGCAAAAUAUCUGGGAUCAAAUGUUGCCCACAUGUACCAGGUUGAAUUUGAAGAUGGAUCCCAGAUAGCAAUGAAGAGAGAGGAUAUCUAUACUUUAGAUGAAGAAUUACCCAAGAGAGUGAAAGCUCGUUUUUCCACAGCCUCUGAUAUGCGAUUUGAAGACACAUUUUAUGGAGCAGACAUAAUCCAAGGGGAGAAAAAGAGACAAAGGGUGCUGAGUUCCAGGUUUAAGAAUGAAUAUGUGGAUGAUCCUGUGUAUCGCACUUUUUUGAAGAGCUCUUUUCAGAAAAAAUGUCAGAAGAGACAGUAACAUGCAUACGCUGCUGCAGGCAACAGAGCAACAUGGACCAGAAAAGGAAAGAUGAAGGGACAACCUUGGGGCUGUGUGAUAUGUCUCACUGGGGUAGGUGACGGGGUGUGUCUCUGACAGUGGAAAAUUAGGCUUUCCAGAGUUUGGUCACCCAGACCACAGAUUUUAAGUGUUAUUAAUUGGACAAUCCGAAGUCCUCCCCUAGUCUUGCUUUCACUUGUGAGCAGUUAUCUUCGAUGAUCCCAAAGAAUUUUUCUAAGUGAAAGGAAAUAAUAGUGAAUCAU